AUGAAAGGAACAAUGGAUGAUACUUAAGAUUAAUAGUAGGGUGAUUAAGAAUUAAAUAAUGAAGAAAAACAUAUUUUAGAAUAAAAAUGUAUAUAGCAUUUAAAAUAUUGAUAAGAAUAAAUAUUGAAUAACAGUGGUGUAUUGGCUGCUUAUGAAUAUUUUUUGAGAAGGCUUUGUAAGGAUGGAUUUCCAAGUGGAAAUGUAUAUGAGUAUGCAGCUUAAGCUGUUUUAAAAUAUGAAAAAAAGAAAUAAGCUGAACAGUUUCGACAAUAGACAAUGGCGAAAUCUUUGGCUGAACUAUAAUUAAGUAGCAUAUACUCAAAUAAAUAAAGAUGAAAGACUUAAAGCUUAGCUAUAAGCUAGUAAAGUCGAAGUUAAAGCAGACCAAAAAAAUGAUAAAAAUGACAAAAAUAAAUCACCUUAAAAAGGUAAUAAAGAUUAAAAGGAAAAAAAUCCAAAAGAUUAAAAUUAAGGGAAAAACGAUAAGAAGGACACAAAAGCUUAAGGUAUAUUUAUAUAAUUAAUUUGAUAAAGAUAAAACAGAUACAAAAUAAAAGAAGAAAUGA